AUGCAAGAAUGGAAACAUUGGCUCAAGCACAAAGAUCUAUAUGGUCCUCUCAGUUCGAUCACCGUCCUAGGACAGACCAUCAUCAUAAUCAAUGAUAGAGAUUUGGCAUUUCAAAUCCUAGAAAAGAAUUCUGCAAAGCACUCAUCACGGCCACGCCUUGUCUUCGCCGAUGAACUAAGGUCUGGAUGGGGCAAACUCCUAUCAAGCCAGGAUAAUACACCACUUCUUCGAGCGUAUCGACGAGCUGUGACGAGAGUCAUCGGCACACGAGAGUCCGCAUCCAAAUUCAAUGGUCUCCUUGAAUUGGAGACACGGCGGUUUAUAUCUCGUGUAUUCCGAGAGCCUAAGGAGCUCCUCCGACAUAACAGGACGGCGGCCGGUGCUUUCAUCUUGAAUAUAACAUAUGGCUAUCACAUCGAGCCUCAUGGCGAAGACCCGCUAACGCCGUCGUUCCAGGAGCAUGUGAAAUAUGUCCCAGAAUGGAUGCCGGGGGCUAAUUUCCAACGCAUUGCUCGUGACCAUUUUGAGACACUCACCAAACUGCUAGAAAGUCCAUUUGCAUUUGCAAAAUUUCAAAUGAACACAGAAGACCGAAGAUGUUUUGUAUCAACCCUUCUCAAACAAGGAGAAGAUGAAGAAAUCAUCAAAUGGUCGGCAGUAGCCAUGUAUGGCGGUGGGUCCGAUACGACUGUUGCAAUUCUAGAAGGAUUUUUCCUAGCAAUGAUGUUGUUUCCUGAUGUUCAACGCAAGGCUCAAGUCGAGAUGGACACAAUAUUUGGCAAGCCUACAUUUCCAACAGUGGCCAACCGCGACAAAUUACCUUAUGUGAAUGCAAUUGUGAAAGAAGCCAUACGAUGGCACAGUGUUGCGCCUCUGGGAAUUCCCCAUAGAACAGAUGAGGACGACCUCAUCAACGGUUUCUUGAUUCCCAAGAAUGCAAUCAUUGUGCCAAACAUCUGGUCAUUCAAUAAUGACUCUUCAAUUUAUCCUAGCCCACGGGAGUUUCAACCAGAGCGAUUUCUUUCCUCUGCGAUAGACCCUGGAGAUGUGAGCUUUGGCUUUGGCCGUAGAGUCUGCCCUGGGCGUCUGAUUGCUGAAACCUCCAUCUUUUUGAUGAUUGCACAUACACUAGCUGUGUUUGAUAUCAAGAAGCCUAUUGGGGGAGAUGGGAAACAAAUCGAACCAACCAUUGAUUUUACCCCGGGCAUUCUAAGUCACCCUGUUUUGUUUGAGGCUGCAGUUGUUCCACGAAGCCAGAAGCACAAGCAGCUCAUUCUCGACUUUGAAGAAGCUCAUCCUUUUCUAAAAGGGGAUUCUGAGACUCUGAAGAAGGUAGCAGAGUCUUUCACCAUGGCUCGCGGUGCCCUGAACGUCGCCAAGGCGGCAUCAAACGCUGUUUCUAUUAACCAGAAAUACACAGUCCAGUCUACUGGUGUCUGGGAGCGCAUCCGUCGCCUUUUGGCUAUUGACCCUGAGCGCUCAACUGGUAUCCCCUUGAACUCUCAGUUCCGCCUUCCUACCCCCGGUUCGGUGCCUCCUCUAGCCUACGACGACCCGGUCACCCUCCCGGCAGGCGACAUUGCCGACAAUCCUUACUGGAAGCGGGAUGUCCGCCGGAGCUACCCUCAGCUGAGCACUGUGCGCCAGGCCGAUGCAGUCAGUCUGCUCACCGUCGGAAGCCAGGCAGCUCCCAAGGAUGAUAUUCUGAAGAUUGGAGAGGCUGGCGAGCAGCAAUUGAUUGCUGUCAAGGAACAGGGUGAAGAGCGAGGCUUGGCUGCUCUGUUCGAGCAAGACAAGAAAAGCAUCCAGGGUGUGUUUGGCACCAAUGGUCUGCCUCCCACUCCCUGCAACAUCAACACUGUCCCUCAGAGCUCACAGUCCAAGUAUGAGCUUGGCACCGAGAAUGGCUACCCCGAAAAAUAUCCCUGCCGCACCUUUGUUUGA